AUGGAUAAUUGGAUGACAUUACAGAUGAAUAAAAUGACAGAUGAAUUGAAAGCGGAAAUAAGAAAAGAAAACAUGGAAUUGAAAGUAUUGUUUAACAGCUUUAAGGUGGAGGAAUUGAAAGCAGAAGUAACGAAAGGGAACAUGGAAUUGAGAGCAAUGAUUACAGAUCUUAUAAACGCAAAUGUUAGAUCUGAGAGCAGCGGGCAAAAAAACACACAGAGGGCUUAUACGACAUCAGAUAAGGAGGAAGAUAGUCAAUACAUGCAUUACCAAGGAAACACUGAAGACGAACAAAGUGUUAAGAAUGAUUCUGAACAAGACAGCAGUGAUCAUAGUGAUAUUCAUGAAGAGGAAGCUAAGGAUGAUACGAUUGAGAUCGAUGACGUAGAAAUAGAAAAGGAACAAAAACUGACAGACGGAGCAGAUAAUAUCGAAGAGAUGUCACACACUCAGAUAGUAGGUCCUACUGAGCAGAAUAAAAGAUAUGAAGAAGACUUUACAGAUGAUAACGAUGAAAGUAAAAUUUCAUUGGAAACCUGUAAACUUCACUACCUGACCUGUAGAGAACAACUUUAUGAAAUAAUUAACUGCCAAGACAUUUCAUGUAAACGUGACAACCAUUCCAGACAUCAUGAUUUUAUAGCCAAUCCCUUGAGUAUUUACAAACGGGAGAGAGUGACGGUCGGCUUUGGAAUGAAUGUGAUCAAGCAGAGGGCCAUGGAGUAUGUACAUGAUAAGUUGUUCAACGAUAUUCUGUGUAAUACAGGACGAGAUCCAAAACAUCCAUACACUAAACCAGGACAUGCCACGAUUUCUGGAAUGAACAACAAACAAUUGAACCAAACAUUUAACGUAUACAGAUUAGCUUCCCAAUAUCUCACUUAUGUGCUUGUCAAGGAAAUGAUAAUAGGAAUUGCCAUUGCCACAAACGACUCAUCUUACAAGAUAAUCAAUUCCAUCUGCCAGGACACUGAACAAAAUUUGACAACUGAAAAUAGAAAGCGAAGAAAACUGAGCGUAUACAAUGAAUGA